CCUCUUUCUGAAUUCUGAUUUGUUUUUUCUUUGGUUAAAUUUGCUAGAGGUAAGAGAAAAUAUUGGCAAAUGUUUUUAGGAGCUGGAUCUUUAGUCUGUCAUUUUAUUUCUUAAUUCUUCAGUGUCUCCUCUAAUCUUUAUUAUUUCAUGACUCCUUUUAGAGGGCUGAUUUGAUUUUCAUCUUGAGUAGAUUGCUUAAUGCAUAUCUAUCCUUUUAAAUAAUCGAUGCAUUUAGAAAGUUAUAAAUCUUACAACAGAGGAAGUAUCCCUCCUCCUAUGACUAUCUAAGCCAUCUGCUGCACUCAGGUGCCAUUCUUUUCCUUUUAUCAGAGUCUUCACUGUUUUUUGCUCCAGUGGUUCUCCUUAUAGUCAUCAGUCUCUUCUUCCUACUGGAUCAUUCUCAUCAUUCCAAUAUGCUUCAUAUUUUUAAAAAGCAACAAAUAAAGAAGUAAGCAAAACCAUUACUUUGAUCCUUCACCUCUUCCAGCUACAAUCCCAUUAUGCAGCCUCACUGUUCAAAUUUUCUUUUUUUUUUUUUAAGUUUACUUAUUUAUUUAUUUUGAGAGAGAACGAGCAGGGGAGGGGCAAAGAGAGAGAAUCCCAAACAAGUUCUGCACUGUCAGCACAGAGCCCUACACAGGGCUCGAACUUACAAAUUGUGAGAUCAUGACCUGAGCUGAAACCAAGAGUUGGUUGCUUAACUGACUGAGCCAACCAGGUGCCCCACUGUUCACAUUUUCUGAAUGAGUUGUCUAUACAUGUCUUCUCUUAUUCCUCUCAUAUCCCGUUAACCUUCAACCCACCACAGUCUGGCUUUGGUCCCCACUCCUUUACUGAGACUCCUCCUAUCUUAUUUGGCAAAUUUUUUAUGUUGCCAACUCCAGUGGACAUAUUUCUUUGCAUAUAAUACUUGACCUCUUAUUUGACAUUGUGACCAUGCCUUUUGCCAUGAAAUACCUUUAUCUUUUGACUUGCCUGUCACCAGACCCUGUAGAUUUUCUACUUCUUCGUUGGUUAUUCCUUUUCAGUCUCCUUUAGUGGCUUCUCCACUACUAGACUUCUGUUAGAGGUUUUGGAGCUGGGAUCAGAGUUCCAGAAACAUUUAUCCAACUAUCUGACAUCUCCACUUAGAUGUCUCAAAGUAUCUCUAACUUAACAUAAUGAAAAAUGAACACCAAUUUUUAAAAUAUAACUAAUGAAGAAGUGUGAUAAGAUGACUAGAUACAAGAUAAAUGUACUCAGUACUUUUGUUAUAAUUGCAAUAACCAUGUGGAAAUGGAACUAGAAAUAAAAUAUUGCAUUUACUACAGUGACAAAAAGAAAGAAAAGAACAUGAUAAAAAGUUUUGUAAGAAAGGCACAGAACCUAUAGUCAAAAGAUUUCAAAAUCUUAUUGGUGAGCAUGAGCUCUGAACAAACUAAACAGCAUAUAUGCUUAGAUGUGAAGCCUUAAUAUCAUAAAAUGCCAAUCAUUUCAAAAUUAAUACACAAAUUUAAUGCAAUUUCAAUUAGAAUCUCAAUAGGGUUGGGGCUUUUUGUUGAGAAAAGGAUUGGGUAGAAUUACUUUAAAGUAUAUAGAGAAGGGUAAAUAUCUAAAAUUAGCUUUAAAAAUUAUUCUAAAAGGAUAUAUAUGGAGAUAGGAACUUUAAUGGAUAUUAAACAUCUUAUAGGUAGACUAUAAUUAAGACACUGUACUAUUGGCAUAAAAGUAGAUAGUAGGGUCACCUGGGUGUCUCAGUCUUAAGCAUCCAACUCUUGAUUUUGGUGGGAUCUCAUGAUCUCAUGGUUGGUGGGAUCGAGCCCCACAUUGGGCUCUGUGCUGACAGCAUGGAGCCUGUUUGGGAUUCUCUCCCUCUCUUUCUGCCCUUUCCCUGUGCUCUCUCUCUCUCUCUCUCUGUCUGUCUCAAAAUAAAUAAGCAUUAAAAAAAUAGACAAAUAGAACAAUUAGCAUCCCCAAAUUGAUCUCUGUAUAUGUGAGAUGCUAAUUAAGAACAAAAGUAAUACCUCAAUUCAGUGGAAAAGGGUGGUUUACAUUAAAAUUAUAUGGCUAAUAGAAGACUCAUAUUAGAAAUAAAGAGCGCCAAUAAAUCAAAAAGAUCAAGAGACAAACAAAGGCCCUGUCACAAAAGGAUGUCCAAAUGCCCAGUAAAUACAAAAAGUUACCCAAUAACAUUAAUAACGAGAAAUGUAAAGUAAAAUCAAAUGGGAUUUCACUACACACCCAUCAGUAUGACUAACAUUAAAGACUGACAAUCCCAGUGUUUAUGGAGUAACUGGAAUCCUCAUAUGGUUGUAGGAGUGUAAAUCAAUAAUAAUCAAAGUUGAACAUAUGCAUACCUUAUGAUGUAGCAGUUUUGUUUCUGUGUAUAUAUACUCAAUAGGAAUGCAUAUACAUGUGCACCAGAUAACAUGGACAGGAGUGUUCAUAGCAGGAUUACUUCUAAAAAUCUAAAACUAGAAACAACUAAAAUGAGCAAUAGAAUGCAUUUUUUUGGUUGUAUGUUUAUAUAGUGAAAUACUGUAUAGCUAUAAAAACCAACUAUCAGCUGCUACAGGCAGCAACACAGAUGAAUUUCAAAACAAUGGAGAGAAAAGAAUUCUUUUAUGUAAAGCUGAAUGGAGAUGAUGGCAAGAUCCUUAUGCACUACUGCGGUGGCAUUUCUCCAUUAUGAGGGUCUGUACCAUGAACUGCAAGAUGUUUGCCAUUUCCACCCAUUUAAUGUCUGUAGCACUCUGGUCAUCAAACAACUACAAAUUUCCCCCUGCCCCCGUGACUUACAGAAUCCCUUUUUGGGGGUGUAGGAGUGGAGGGUUGGUGCUACCUCUGUUGAGAACCACAAAGCUAGAGUAAUUGGAGGAGCCUCUUGGGGCAGUAGUGCCUGUGCUAACCUCAAAAGAUGAGUAAGAUCUUGAGGUUUAUGUAUUUAUUUUGAGAGAGAGAACGAGAGCAAGGUAGGGGCAGAGGGAGGGGGAGAGAGAGAGAAUCCCAGGCAAGCCCGUGCUGGCAGCACGGAGCCCGACAUGGGGCUCGAACUCAUGAGCCUUGAGAUCAUGACCUGGGCCAAAAUCAAGAGUCAGUUGCUUAACCAACUGACCCACCCAGACACCCCAGGAUGAGUAAUAUCUUAAAACCAGAGACCUUGGGACACAAACAGCAUAUAGAAGAGGGAGCAACAUAAUGUAGACUCUAUCUCAACCAAAGAAGCAAUGUGUCCUUGUUGGAAAAUGGUUAGAAAUAAAGGUGGAUAGAAUGGAGUUAUGACAGGUUAGCAGACAGAGAAAGUCAUUUUACUCUUGAAUGCAUCCUUCAUGCUACUGCCAAAUUAAUUUUUUAAAACAGUGCCCCGUUCAACGGUCCACUUGUUAUUGCCUAUGAGCCUUUACACCUUUGCUUUGUGCUCAAGGCGUUUUAUCUCAUCGUAUUCAUUCCAAUUUAUGUCUUUUUGCUCCUUAAAAUUAAUUAGGUAUGUCUGGCUGGCUGGUCCAUUGCUGUUUCCCCCCCCUUUCUUUGUCAAUAUGCUCACUUCAUGUUUUUAUUAAUAUCUUCCUUCUUUAAUAAAAUCUAUCCCCAUUCUGUCUGUAUAGCUUACUAUCCCUAGAGGCUUUCUCCCUGAUGAAACUGGCCCAUGCCACUCCACACCAUCCCGAUACCUUCUUUCUGUUUCUUACAGUAUUUAUGGUUUGUUCUACCAUAUUGAGCACAAAAUUGUAGAUAGCUUUUCAUGCCUCUCAUUCUUGUUUCUCUGAAUAAUUUUUAUUCUUCUCGAGAGCUGUGUGAGGUUAAGAUCUAUACCUCCCAGUAUUGUUGUAAGCCUCCAAAACAGACUUUUUUUUUUUUCUGGUCAGUUGAUAAUAGGCAUUGUCUUCCGAGUGAAAUAGCAUUAGAUGCUGAGCAUCUUGAAAACUCAAUUUCUCUAUUUGUAGAUCACAGUAUAUUAAUAUUGCAACAUUGUAAUGUUUCUUAUAUUUAAAUUAUCAAAUGCUUUUUGUGUCAGUAACUUGAUUGAGUUCUUUUUGAAGGUAGGAACCAAGAUGUUAUGCAACUGUGUCCCUCACAACGCUUAGUAGGGUGUCUGGCUCAUGGUAACUAUUCAGUAUUUUAAAUUUUGAUUUUUUUAUUUGCUUUAUCAGCUUGCCUUAACUGUCACCAUCUUCAGACUAUUUUUCUGUUUUGCUAACAACAGAGGGCACCAUUAGGGUACUUGUACACUCAAGAAGUAAUCCUGUCCCAGUCCUGGGUAGCUUUCUUGAACUACACUUUCCUCCUUCUAAGUGGUGUCAUAGAAAUUUGGAAACUAUACUAAAUUAAAGCAGCCCAAUCCCAACUAUAGGGCAAUACUGGCUUCAAGUUGUUUAUUUGAAGAAAAGAGUAAGUACUGUCAUAUUUUGAUCCUGUGUAGUUUUCAGACUUUUUCUUUCUCCUUUUUCCUAUUCUUUGCUCAAAUGAAAUCCUACCCCAGAUCUUACUGUAUUAAUUAAAUACACUCCUUUCCUGAAGGAAGAAGAUAGAAACUGAAAGCCACAAACUGGAGCCCCACCUUUUUAUCCCUCCCCCUCCCUUCCCCCCAAAAAGCACAGUUUAAAAGUCAUUAUUACUCAUCUAAUUAAACAUGCUUUUUAAAAAUGAUUAUUUUGUGAUAUCUCAUUUAGGAAUUUAGUAUAAAAAUAGAAACAUUUUAGUUUUACAGUGAUUUUUAUGUACAAAGGAAAAUGCUCUGGAAUAAAUUCCUUGUUGUAGCAAUGAAAGAGUUAAUACACUAAGCAGCAGAGACUGAGAUAUUGCAACGGGAUAGUGCUUUCAGUUUCUGUCACUUGUGGUUUAAGAAAAGAGGGGGGUGUUCUGCAUUUGAAAGGACUUUAAUGAAUGCUGUCAGUGUUUGUGAGAGCUAAUGGUCAGUAUGGGAAAGGAGAAAGGGGGAAAGUGCUCUAGCUGCUUCAGGAUAGGUGGAUGAGAGUUUGCUCUGAUUGAAUGGAAUGUUCCACCGUGUUUCAUCGUUAUUCAUUCUCCUUUGUUCUUUAUAUUCCGCUAUAGUCGUAUAAAAGUUAAUGUAGAUAUAUAUGUGAAUGUGAUUUAUUUCCUUUCAAUCUGUUUAUUGUGCACAGCAGGGCAUAGACUUCUCUUGUCUUGGUUGGAUGCACAAAUCUGUGUGCAGUGCUUUUUGCCCGUUGCCUAGACGAUCACUUGGUUUCUCUGAGGAUGUCUGGUUCUCGUAAAGAGUUUGAUGUGAAGCAGAUUUUGAAAAUCAGAUGGAGGUGGUUUAGCCAUCAAGCAUCAUCUAAUUCUACAGUUGACAGCCAGCAGGGAGAAUUUUGGAAUCGAGGACAGACUGGAGCAAACGGUGGGAGAAAGUUUUUAGAUCCAUGUAGCCUACAAUUGCCUUUGGCUUCAAUUGGUUACCGAAGGUCCAGCCAACUGGAUUUUCAGAAUUCACCUUCUUGGCCAAUGGCAUCCACCUCUGAAGUCCCUGCAUUUGAGUUUACAGCAGAAGAUUGUGGCGGUGCACACUGGCUGGAUAGACCAGAAGUGGAUGAUGGCACUAGUGAAGAAGAAAAUGAAUCUGAUUCCAGUUCAUGCAGAACAUGGAAUUCUGAACUGUGGUGUUGGAAUAAUAAUAAAUAUAGACCAGUCAUCUAUAAUCAUUUGUAUACUGGAGAGAGGGGCAUAUCUUUACAUAGGACUUCCAAUAGUAGUCAGACAUUAUCAUCCUGCCAUACUAUGGAGCCAUGUUCAUCAGAUGAAUUUUUCCAAGCCCUUAAUCAUGCGGAGCAAACAUUUAAAAAGAUGGAAAACUAUUUGAGACAUAAACAGUUAUGUGAUGUAAUUCUAGUUGCUGGUGAUCGCAGAAUUCCAGCUCACAGAUUGGUGCUCUCCUCUGUCUCUGAUUAUUUUGCUGCCAUGUUUACUAAUGAUGUCAGGGAAGCAAGACAAGAGGAAAUAAAAAUGGAAGGUGUUGAACCUAAUUCACUAUGGUCCUUGAUUCAGUAUGCGUAUACAGGCCGCCUUGAAUUAAAAGAAGAUAAUAUUGAGUGCCUGCUAUCUACAGCUUGCCUUCUUCAGCUUUCACAGGUUGUAGAAGCUUGCUGUAAGUUUUUAAUGAAACAGCUUCACCCGUCCAACUGUCUUGGAAUCCGUUCUUUUGCUGAUGCCCAAGGUUGUACAGAUUUGCAUAAAGUGGCUCACAAUUAUACUAUGGAACAUUUCAUGGAAGUAAUUCGAAACCAGGAAUUUGUACUAUUACCAGCCAGCGAAAUUGCGAAGCUCUUGGCCAGCGAUGACAUGAACAUUCCUAAUGAAGAGACGAUACUGAAUGCACUUCUAACUUGGGUCCGUCAUGAUUUGGAACAGAGACGGAAAGAUCUCAGUAAACUUUUGGCUUAUAUUAGGCUACCUCUUCUUGCACCACAGUUCCUGGCAGAUAUGGAAAAUAAUGCACUUUUCCGGGAUGAUAUAGAAUGUCAGAAACUUAUUAUGGAAGCGAUGAAGUACCACUUAUUACCAGAGAGACGACCCAUGUUACAAAGCCCUCGGACAAAACCUAGAAAGUCAACGGUUGGAACACUAUUUGCAGUUGGAGGAAUGGAUUCAACAAAAGGAGCAACAAGCAUUGAAAAGUAUGAUCUUCGUACAAAUAUGUGGACUCCUGUAGCAAAUAUGAAUGGGAGGAGGCUGCAGUUUGGUGUUGCAGUGUUAGAUGACAAACUGUAUGUGGUUGGAGGAAGAGAUGGACUGAAGACUUUGAACACUGUAGAAUGCUACAACCCCAAAACAAAAACCUGGAGUGUGAUGCCUCCUAUGUCCACCCACAGACAUGGCCUUGGUGUGGCUGUAUUGGAAGGUCCCAUGUAUGCAGUAGGAGGACAUGAUGGCUGGAGCUAUCUGAAUACAGUGGAAAGAUGGGACCCUCAGGCUCGCCAGUGGAAUUUUGUUGCCACUAUGUCCACCCCCAGAAGCACAGUAGGUGUGGCUGUACUAAGUGGAAAACUUUAUGCAGUUGGUGGUCGUGAUGGAAGUUCUUGCCUCAAAUCAGUAGAAUGUUUUGAUCCUCAUACUAAUAAAUGGACACUCUGUGCGCAAAUGUCCAAAAGGAGAGGGGGAGUCGGAGUAACUACCUGGAAUGGAUUGCUGUAUGCUAUUGGAGGACACGAUGCUCCUGCAUCCAACUUGACAUCCAGACUCUCAGACUGUGUGGAAAGAUACGAUCCCAAAACAGAUAUGUGGACUGCAGUGGCAUCUAUGAGCAUCAGCAGAGAUGCAGUAGGGGUCUGUUUACUUGGUGAUAAAUUAUAUGCUGUUGGAGGGUAUGAUGGACAGACUUAUCUUAAUACAGUGGAGGCUUAUGAUCCCCAGACAAAUGAGUGGACCCAGGUUGCUCCACUGUGUCUAGGAAGAGCUGGGGCUUGCGUUGUAACUGUCAAAUUAUAAUGUAGUGCUUUGUUUUCUAAGUGAAGAAGAUAUCCUCUUCCUUAUGAAUUUAGGAAAAUUAUCCUACCACCACUGGAUACAUUUUUUAGCAAAUUCACAAUGCCACAUACCUGGGCACAAAGUGCCCAAUCUCAACGUGAAGAUGAUAAAACAAGGGAGGAAGGAGUGGAUGAACCAGGAUUAAAUCCUGCAUUUCUUAGUAAGUCAUUUCUUAGCAAAUCAUAACUACAGCUGGUGGGUGGUGAACAUACGUUCCUGGUUUAACAUAUGCAGACAAAUGCAGUCCUCCUAAAUACAACACAACUGGGAAUUUCAUUUAUUAAUAACCACACUUUACUCCAUUAUCCAGAUUUCCUUUAUUAUAGUGCACAUAUACCAGAUAAAACUUUUAACAUUUGCUUUGUAACUUUAUUCUACAUUAGUUGCACUAAUUUGUAUUUGUUUAACCACAACCACUAUUU